UCCUCUUGGUUUUGGUGCCUGCAAGAAGGAGCUGUCAGCUAACGUUAGCUAGCUAAAAAAACACGGAACGAUUGACAGACAAGAACAGCGAAAGCACCAACGACAAAAAGCUGGUGCGUCAGAAGUAGGAGGCCCAAUUUACCGUUUCGUUUUUGUUUAGCUCAUUAUUAAUUUAAUUUAAAACAAACCCUACCCCCUCCUCACCCCAAUUUUUUUGUUUGUCCCAUAUACAUUAUUUUGUUUGUGAUACCUCCUCCAGCUUUGGGAGCAGCGAGGGGUCUUCAUGGCUGUUCGAAGAGGCCACAUCAGGUACCUAAAAGAGGUGUAUGACAUGUCCAACGGCUACGAGGAUCACAUGGGAGGAGGAGAUGAGGUGCCGGAUGCCAAGACCAACCUGAUAGUCAACUACCUUCCCCAGAGCAUGAGCCAGGAUGAGCUACGCAGCCUCUUCAGCAGCAUUGGCGAGGUGGAGUCCGCCAAGCUCAUACGGGACAAAGUGGCAGGUUUCAUAUGCGCGGCCGAGCUCUGACACCAUUAAAGACGCCAACCUGUACAUCAGUGGCCUGCCCAAGACCAUGACCCAGAAAGACGUGGAGGACAUGUUCGCUCGCUACGGACGCAUCAUCAACUCCCGUGUGCUGGUCGACCAGGCCUCGGGCCUGUCUCGGGGGGUGGCGUUCAUCCGGUUUGACAAGCGAGCGGAGGCCGAGGACGCCAUCAAAGACCUUAACGGACAGAAACCCCCCGGAUCUGCUGAGCCAAUCACAGUGAAGUUUGCUGCCAGUCCCAACCAGGCCAAGAACACUCAGCUCAUAUCGCAGCUCUACCACAACCAGGGACGCCGCUUUGGAGGGCCAGUUCACCACCAGGCUCAGAGAUUCAGGUUUUCUCCCAUGUCUGUGGACCAUAUGAGCGGUAUGUCUGGGGUGAGUGUGCCGGGGAACGCCACCGCUGGCUGGUGCAUCUUCAUCUACAACCUGGGCCAGGACGCCGACGAGGGCAUCCUGUGGCAGAUGUUCGGGCCCUUCGGCGCCGUCACCAACGUCAAGGUCAUCCGCGACUUCAACACCAACAAGUGCAAAGGCUUCGGCUUUGUUACCAUGACGAACUACGAGGAGGCCGCCAUGGCGAUCGGCAGCCUCAAUGGUUACCGCCUUGGGGACAAGAUCCUACAGGUGUCGUUCAAGACCAGCAAAGGCCACAAGUAGAGAGAAAUGGUGGGGGGGAUAGAGGGAGGAGAGAAACCUCACGCCAGGCUUCUAAUAUGGAGGGUAAAUUGCCACAGUUUGACAAAACAAACUUGUUUUUAGCGUUCUCACUAAGCCCAUUCUCACUUUGCAUCUUUGUACUAGUCUAACAGAGAGUCUAGGCUGAGUUUGAUAUUUCUCUUGUUUUGUUUUUUUACUCAUGAUUUGGGAUGUUCCAAACGCAGUUAUCAAUGUCCAUCCUGAUAUGGUGACCAAUUUCACAAUUCAAGACUAGAUUGUUUUUCCUGUGAGACUAAACUAGUGUCACUAUGUGCCAUAUGAAUGGUAGGACCACGGUAGGGACUUGGAGAAGGAUGUGCUACAGUCAUACGUCUAGUCCCUCACUGUAGUAGGAAGCAUGCUGUCUUAGAUGCUGUUUCCAGUGUAGAAAUAGAUGCCUUAAGUUACCACCCGCACACCCUGUCAAGCCAUCCACUGUCUCCAACCAUUCUAAAUGAAAAGCCCUUUUUAAAUCCUUAUUGUAUAAUGUCAGCCGUUUUGACAAACCAUGCAUUGGUCUUCUCUCACCUUGCAGAAUCCGUUUUAUACACAGCAAGUUAGGUACUGAAUGGUACCAUUACAUAGCAGCGCGUGUGUCCCGUUUUUGGGGGUCUUUUAACAGUUGAAUCUCUGAGAGGCCAUGUAAAAAGGUCUGUAGAUUUUAAAGUAGGAAAGUGUUUAAGAAGGACCAAAGAAAUGGAAGGAUAUGCUCUAACUGCCCCAGGGCCCGUAUUCACAUGCUGAUCUAGGAUCAGUUUGGCCUUGUCGAUCCUCGAUCAGCAUUCAGUCCUCUGAGAAGCUUUGUGAAUAGGGAAAGAUGCUUACUGUUAUGACUCAUUUCUCCUCACCAGUAAUAGUUUGGGCAUCUGAACAACCGGUACGAACUCUGAAUCUAACACAGUGGAGCAACACUGCUCUCUCUCUCUCAUCCAGUUUUCUGUUUUUGUAUAUAAAAACAAAAGUUGUCUAUCUUUUGAUGUUUUUCGUGAAUUUUCUUUCUGAGAGACUAACUUUUCUUUUUCCGUCGAAGCGUAGAUUACUCAUCGGAGAGUUGAAGAGCAUUUAAUUUUUACUGCUCAUCUCGAGCUAAAGAAGAAUUUAUGGCCUUUGUGAUUUAUUUUUGUUGGUAUAGAUUUGUUUUGAUUGUUUUACUUUGCAUAUGCAAUUAUUAAAUUUUAGUUAGAUUUGACUCAA